AUGGCUGUCGUAGACAGCCGCUACAGGUUUGUCCUGAUUGAUGUUGGCGGUGAGGGACGACAAAGUGAUUCUGGAGUGUUCAAUGCAUCUCCAAUUGGCCACCACCUUGAAAGCGGCACCUUGGACACCCCAGGGUUGAAGAAACUGCCUGGAAGCGACCUGGUGACUCCCCACGUGUUUAUUGGGGAUGAGGCGUUCCAGCUGCGACCUGAUUUUCUGAGGCCCUACCCAGGCCUCGGCCUGCCUACAGAAAAGAGGGUCUUCAACUUACGGUUGAGCCGUACCAGGAACUGCGUUGAAAAUGCAUUCGGCAUUCUCUGUGCACGAUGGAGGAUCCUGUUGAUGACCAUCAACUUAAUACCAGAGAAUGCAGAUGGUGUUGUAAAGGCAGCUUGUGUGCUUCACAAUUUCCUGAGCACUCACAACAAUGACAGUGUGGGCUAUGGUGACAAUCAGGACGUCUUCAGCAACAUUACUGAAGGAAGAUGGCAUCAGGAGCUGGAGGGUUGUUCAAUGUUGCCUUCUCUGCAUCGCACUCAUGCAAGAAACUUCAGCAGGGAUGCCGCUGCAAGCAGGGAAGCAUUUACUAAAUACUUCUGUAGUCCAGCUGGGGAGUUAUCAUGGCAGUGGGCAAGGUUGCACAGCACAUACUACUAUUUAUUGCCUGCUCAUUUCUUCAUACCUGUGGAGAACGUCCAACAGUUCAACUCUCAAACCAUGCAAAUACUCACGUCGGCAGCGUCGCGCACCUUCUGCAAUUAUGUUUCCGAGGCUGUCAUGUUCGUCGGGCCUUUGCUGCAGCUGCUGAUCAAUGAGACGCAGUUCAGCAUCAAGCCUUUCAUGGUUGUUUGA